AUGGGAUGUAUUGUUCUGAGGAUGAGGGAACUGAGCUCCCAUUUGAUUAUGUGCUUGAUUGAGAAUUGUAAGGGUUGGAAAUUUAAAGCAAGAGAUCAAUUACAAUGCUGCCAGCUUUAUGUACAGGGAAGGUUGUUAGUGCUCAAGAAACCAGACCCAGAUAACGCUGCUGCAACUGCUCGUUGGCUUGUUUCUCAGAAUUCUUGGGGUUUUUUAAAUACCAUUUCAAUGGAUUUGGGAGGAGCACCCUUUGGGAAUGUUGUUUCAUUUAGUGAUGGGCUACCUAAUGAAGGUAGUGGCAUCCCCUACUUUUAUUUGACAACUCUUGAUCCAACUGCAAGAAAUGCAUUGAAAGACCACAGGUCUUCACUCACAAUCAGCGAAUACCCUAUAGGAACUUGUGGCAAGAAAGACCCUGAGAACCCCACUUGUGCAAAAAUUACCCUGACUGGAAAGGUAUUCCCCAUAGAAAAGGCCUGUUGUAAUUUUUAUUUGGUUUUAAUAUAGAAUGAUGAAUCAGCUGUGGCAUAAGGUGCCUAAUGACUAUUUGUGAGAAGAUUAUUUUGCCAAUACUGCCACAUGUACGCAUAUAUCACAGGCACCUUAAUGCUUUCUUUUUUUUUUUUUUUUUUUUCUGAUUCUCUUUAGAUAUUUCUGUAAAUAUUGUGGAAAUACACUUAAAUGCUUGUAUUUGUGCAAUUUGGGUCAACUUUCAAAUUUAAAGACUUAUAGGAAUCUUCCAUUCAUAUUCCAAGUAUGCGGUGAGAAAUGGUCAAUAUAGGUUUUUUUUUUUUCUAAACAAAAAAUUUAUUAAUGAUAAAAGAGAGUCAAGAAAGAAAGAUAGCUCAAGAUGGCUAGACCUUUGCCAACAAGAAAUUUUAGAACAUAAUCAUCGGCAUUAUUAUAGGCAAUAUUGACUUUCUUUUCUUUAGAUUUUUAUUGCCUAAAUUCAGUCUAUACUGAAAACAAGCUACCAAAAAAACUAUCUAUUAAAUAUAUAAGUCUCACAUAUUUAUAGUGGGCAGCUUAUUUCCCUUUUGUAUAUAUACUGAACUCACAAUAACACCAGUCGUGAGACGUAAUGCUGGUCAAUGGUCAUAGAGUUGAGACCAACUCAUUCUUCUAAACAAAUACACAUAUGGAAGACUGCUGACUCAUUCUUCUCACCGUAUGAUGAUAUAAAUAGCCACAAGAGCUUUGAGUUGCUGCCAUACCCAAUACAAGCUCAACUUUGUCAUGAUCAUGGCUUCUAAUUAUAUAGCUUUUCCCAUCUUCUCAUUCACUCUCAUUGUCUUCAUUUCUCUCCUUUCUCAUGCAGCUUUAGCCAACCCUAAUGAUGAAAAAUCAUCGCCAUUUGAUUUCCUUAAGCAUCUUCAAGGAUGCCAUAAGGGUGA